AUGGCCGAACCCACUUCCACCGCCGAUCCACCACCGUUGAAAAUCAUAACCGGAGCCGAUGCGUUCGGAGCAAGUCUCAAGGACGCGAUGGUCUCCCACCUCCGCUCCCUCGGCAUACCGGUGGAGGACACCGGCGUCUCCUCCUACUACUCCGCCGGAUCCGAAGUCGGCCGCCGCGUCUCCUCCUCUUCAUCCUCCGGAACCCGCGGCUUAGUCUGCUGCGGCACCGGCGUCGGAGUCGCGAUGUUCGCCAACAAGUUCCCCGGAGUCUACGCCGCCACGUGUCUCACCGUCGAAGACGCCGUGAACGCUAGAUCGAUCAGCGACUGCAACGUCCUCGCCCUCUCCGGAGCCAAAACCUCUCCGGAGAAGGCCGUUGAGAUCUUCGACGCGUGGAUCAAAACUCCGUUCAAAUCUCCUUGUCCUGCGUCUGGAUCGGAGCCGUGGAGCUCCGAGAUCUCCUCAUUCCUCGAUAACUCCCUCUCCGAGAUGAGUCGGAUCGGAAAAAAAUCAAUCACUGUUUCAAUAGCUAAAGAGAGAGAUGAGGAAUCGGCGGCGUCUUGUGCGAUUUGCUGCUUGGCGAGGGACAGAGAGUUCACUCCGGUGGAGAUAAUGCCUGGAGGGGAGAUGAAGAUAGUGAGGGAGACGCCGACGUCGGCGAUAGUGAGAUUUAAAGCGGGGAGUGUGGAGCCGGCGCAUCACCAUACGUUUGGUCAUGAUCUUGUGGUGAUUAGAGGGAAGAAGAGUGUGUGGAAUUUGAGUAAGAAGGAGAGAGUUGAUCUUGUUGAAGGAGAUUACUUGUUUACUCCUGCUGGUGAUGUUCAUAGAGUUAAGUAUCAUGAAGAUACUGAGUUCUUCAUCACUUGGGAUGGUCAUUGGGAUAUUUUUCUUGACGAAGAUCUUGAGACUGCGAAGAAAGCUGUUGAAGAAGAAGCUUCUUGA